UGUUCCAUCUGCAGAUUCAUAGAGUCAGGCUAAUUACUGAAUUAUUAGAUUACUAGUAUAGAGUAAUUAAAUAGUCUACUGUACUAAUUGUUUCUAUAAUCUGUCUUAAAAUUCAUCAUAAAUAUGGCUAAAGGAAUACUUAAAAAAGUGGCUCAAAGACUCAUUACAAGUCAUUAUCGCAAAUAUCCUAAAUCUCGAUUAAACUCAUCUUUGUCAUCAACUGGUCAACAAGGAUUUCCUGACCAGAGUGGGUUUCAAACAGCUGCUGUCAGCACAAAUCAAUCAUUAUGGAUGAAACCAUCAGAAUUAAAUUUACUCAAAGACCCAGUAGUGAUUGAUGAAUUGAAAGAUGCCGAAGAUAUUGAGAAGGAAUUGUUGUCUGAUAAUAUCGACAGUCAAUUACCACGAGUUAAUCUAAAGAUUGAUACUCAUGCUUUAAUUAAAGCAUUAAUGGAAAGUGGUUUCACUAUGCAACAAGCUGAAGCAUUAACUAUGUCUAUGGUACAAAUUGUUGGAGGGAAUUCUGAUACUCUGCAAUCUUCAAUGGUGUCAAAAUCACAAGCGCAACUCACGAUACAAAAAUUUGCCAGUCAACUUGCAAUACUUAGACGAGAUAUGAUGAUUAUGGAGAAAACUGAUUUCACAGAAUUGGUCACCAAAAUUGAGAGAAUAACUUCUGAACUAGAGCAAUUGCGACGAACAACUAAGGAUGAGAUAACGAAGAUUAGCAGUGAUCUCACGCUUGACUUCAAUCUUGAGAAAGGAAAAGUGAAGGACAUGCAUCUUGAUCAUCUUAGGGCGGUUGAAGAUAAACAUGCGAAGAUAUUUGAAAAGAUCAACAACAUUGAAAAAGAGUUACAAAACGUAAGAAGUUAUAUAAACACAGAGAACGCAUCACUGCAGACAUUAUUUGAACGAUACAAAUCAGAUUCAGUCAAAGUUGCGUUCGGAGCCAUUGCAACUUGUAUGACAAUAGUUCUUGGAUUCUACAGAAUUUGGUCAUGAUGUCUUCUUCAUUCACCUUCAUCUUCUAUGGAAUUAUGAUUAUAUUUGUUUGGUUUUUGGUAGGGCAAUCUGUCUCCUGCAACUGAAUUUUUCACGAUUCGUCUGAUGUCACUAGAUUAUAAUGGUGGUGUGUAAUAAUAAAAAUUCAAA